AUGAAGCAAAACAAGACUUUUGUGGAUGCACUGAAUGAAACAAGUAAAGCUGACUAUUCUAUCAAGAAGUGUAUGGAUCUUUUGGAAUCCAUUGAAGAGCUCUCGGAUGAAGAGAAGGCGCAAGCAACAAGCAUCAUGAAGUGUAGCUUUUACUACAACGAUGACAUCAGUGCAUCCUGUGGGAACAUGCUUUGUUCAGGUUUGAUGAACCCAAGAGUUCGCCUAUUGUGGAUCAAGGGUGAUAUUGCUCCAAAGGGCUGA